AUGUUGUCAAUGCGUCUUUUUACUUCUGCGAUCGAACUCACGAUCCUCUCAAGUUCUUUUAUACGCCCAACCGUGUCGACCUUUACUUCAGCAACACAAAGGAGAGCACUCUCUGGCAAUCUGUCCCGUUCUUCCGCACUCUACUCUCAUAAUUCACUAUUUCACCCCACUUGCAAACGACCACAAGCUCCCACAUCCCGCAAAAACAAUCCUCCAGCCUUCACAGCCACUCGAAAUUGUUCGUAUCGAAACCAUAAGAUGUGUAGAUCCCAAGGCGAGCGGGACGUCGAGUCGAGCGGUAUGGACGUUACCAAAGGCAGACAGAUUCUCCCCGCGGAUGUCGUUCCCAAACACUACAACAUCACCUUGGAACCCAAUUUCGAGACAUUCAAGUUCAAGGGCACAGUGAUUAUUGACUUGGACGUGGCCAAAGAUACGAGCGAAAUCUCUUUGAAUACUUUAGAGCUUGAGAUCCAUAGUACCAAGAUUAUUUCUGGCUCAGGUACUCUCGUAAGCUCCGAUCCAGCUCUGACCUACGAUGAGGACUCCCAGACAACCAAGAUUGCGUUUGAGAAGACUCUUGAGAAAGGAUCCAAGGCAACGGUGGAAAUUUCCUUCACUGGGGACUUGAAUGACAAAAUGGCCGGAUUUUACCGAUCUACAUACAAGAAUGCUGAUGGGACCGAAUCUAUCAUGGCAACCAGUCAAAUGGAGGCUACAGAUGCCCGGAGAGCUUUUCCAUGUUUUGAUGAGCCAGCUCUGAAAGCCGAAUUUACUGUGACAUUGAUUGCCGACAAAAAGUUCACAUGCUUGAGCAACAUGGAUGUGUCAUCCGAGAAGCAGGUUACAUCUGAGUUCAGUGGAGAUAUUAAGAAGGCUGUUUCCUUCAACAAGUCCCCUCUCAUGUCCACAUACUUGAUAUGUUUCAUCAUUGGCGAGCUCAAUUACAUCGAGUCCACCAAGUUCAGAGUCCCCGUCAGAGUUUAUGCUCCUCCAACAUCUGACAUCGAACAUGGCCGAUUUUCUCUGGAACUGGCUGCUCGAACACUCGAGUUCUACGAAAAGACCUUCGACAGCCAAUUCCCUUUGCCGAAAAUGGACAUGGUUGCUAUUCCCGAUUUUGCUGCUGGUGCUAUGGAGAACUGGGGCUUGAUUACCUACCGUGUCGUGGAUCUUAUGCUGGAUGAAAAGACCAGCAGUGCUUCCACCAAGGAACGUGUCGCAGAAGUCGUUCAGCACGAGCUAGCUCAUCAAUGGUUCGGAAACCUGGUUACAAUGGAUUUUUGGGAUGGUCUAUGGCUCAACGAAGGGUUUGCGACUUGGAUGUCGUGGUACUCUUGCAAUGUUUUCUACCCAGAGUGGAAGGUGUGGCAAAGCUAUGUUACAGACAGCCUCCAAGGUGCUCUUGGUCUAGACUCGCUGCGCAGCAGUCACCCAAUCGAAGUGCCAGUUAAGAGAGCUGACGAGGUCAACCAAAUCUUUGAUGCAAUCUCUUACAUGAAGGGAUCCAGUGUCAUUCGAAUGGUCUCGAAAUAUUUGGGCGAGGAUGUUUUCAUGCAGGGUAUCCGAGACUACUUGAAGAAGCAUGCCUACGGCAACACCCAGACCGGUGAUUUGUGGUCAGCGCUCAGCAAGGCCAGUGGAAAAGAUGUCGAGAAGGUCAUGGACAUCUGGACCAAGAAGAUCGGCUACCCUGUGGUUUCGGUCACGGAGAAUGAAGGAUCAAACUCGAUCCAUGUAAAGCAAAACCGAUUCCUCCGAACAGGAGACGUCAAGCCUGAGGAGGAUACUGUCCUCUAUCCUGUCUUCCUGGGCCUCCGCACCAAAGACGGCGUAGACGAGUCACUUGUCUUGUCGACCAGAGAGGAAGACUUCACGGUCAAGGAUAAGGAGUUUUUCAAGCUCAACGCAGAUCACUCUUCUAUUUACAGAACUUCAUACACCCCAGCUCGCCUGGAAAAACUUGGCCAAGCUGCCAAAGAUGGCCUGUUGACAGUUGAAGAUCGUGCUGGUAUGAUUUCAGACGCAGGUGCACUCGCAGCAUCAGGCUAUGGAAAGACUUCGGGUGUUCUUAACUUGCUGAAGGGCUUUAGCGAGGAGAAAGAGUUUAUCGUAUGGAGUGAGAUCGUCUCUAGGCUCGGCUCUGUACGAGGGACAUGGACUUUCGAAGAUCAGAAGAUCCAAGACGGUCUCGAGACAUUCCAGCGGGACCUCGUCAGCGAUCUUGCCCAUAAGGCUGGCUGGGAGUUCACGGAUAGUGAUGACCAUCUCGAGCAGCAAUUCAAGGGCCUCCUCUUUGGCAGCGCUGGAAUGGCCGGUGAUAAGGUUAUUAUCAAAGCUGCCCAGGAUAUGUUCGCCAAAUUUGCCGAGGGUGAUCUAGCCGCCAUUCAUCCCAAUAUCAGAGGGAGUGUUUACGGCAUCAACUUGAAAUAUGGUGGCGCGAAAGAAUAUGAUGUCAUUCUCAAUGCAUACCGAACAGGAAAGACGGCUGAUGAACGUAACACCGCACUUCGAUCGCUAGGCAGAGCCAAGGAUCCUGAGCUGAUCAAGAGAACACUUACCUUGCCAUUCGGAGGUGAGGUCAAGGAGCAGGAUAUCUACAUGCCUGUCGGCGCUCUCAGAUCCCACCCUGAAGGAAUUGAGGCAUUAUAUACCUGGAUGACCGAGAAUUGGGAUGAGCUUGCCAGACGACUUCCUGCGGGGUUGUCUAUGCUUGGGUCUAUGGUUUCGAUCUGCACAUCAAGCUUCUCCAGUCAAGCUGAUAUUGACCGGAUUACCAAAUUCUUCGAGGGCAAGAGCACGAAGGGUUUUGACCAAAGUCUCGCACAAAGCCUUGAUUCUAUCAAGGCAAAGAGCGCAUGGCUUGAUAGAGAUAGAGAGGAUGUCAAGCAGUGGGUUGAAGCAUACCAGGGAAAGGCGAUCAAGAGUGAAUUGUAA